UAAAGGUCACGUGGUGCUCCUCCCCUCACCUUCUGGAACCGCCGUCACCGCUACCUACUGGUUUUCUGUCUUUCCUGCGACAGCGGACGCGGCAAUGUUUGCUGUGAGGUCCGCGGCGGCCUGCAGGCCUGUCUUCGCCGGCUGUCUGCCUUGGUUGAGGUCCGGCGGACAGCAGCUCCUUUCCCUAGCUGCCUUUCACGGCUCCGCGCAGCGUCCCAAGGCCAAAGUCGCUGUAAUUUUGUCUGGAUCUGGUGUCUAUGAUGGCACAGAAAUUCAUGAGGCCUCAGCGAUAUUGGUUCACUUGAGUCGUGAAGGUGCUGAAGUUAAGAUGUAUGCACCUGAUGUUCCUCAAAUGCAUGUUAUUGACCAUACCAAGGGACAACCAACAGAGAAUGAAAAACGGAAUGUUUUGGUUGAAUCAGCAAGGAUUGCUCGAGGCAAGGUUACUGACUUGUCAAAACUUAAUUCUAAGGACUAUGAUGCUGUUAUCUUUCCUGGGGGAUUUGGAGUUGCCAAAAACCUGUGUACAUUUGCAGUCGAUGGAAAGGAUUGUAAAGUCAAUAAAGAUGUUGAACGAAUCCUAAGUCAGUUCCAUAAAGAAGGGAAACCAAUUGGCUUGUGCUGUAUUUCACCAAUUCUUGCAGCCAAAGUAAUUCAGGGUACAGAAGUGACAGUAGGACAUGAACAAGAAGAAGAAGGGAAAUGGCCUUAUUGUGGGACUGCAGAAACCAUUAAAGCCUUAGGAGCAAAGCACUGUGUGAAAGAAGUAACUAUAUCCUUUUAGGUUGUCAGUAAACAGGUCAGCAGUUUUCUGUCUUUUGUCAGAUACUGCCAUCAUAAACAAAGCUUAAAAUGUUACAAAUUGGACUAAUCACCUUGGGCUCCUUCCUUUGGAGAAGACCUUAUAUUACUAUGGGUUUCAUGUAAGUAGGAAAGGAAAUAAGUAGUAUGUAGUAGCUACUAUGUGCCAGCCCUGUGAUAAGCCCUUUAUAAAUAUCUCUUUUAAUUCUCUCAACAAUGCUAGGAGUUAUGUACUGUGUUUUGUGUCCAUGAUACAGCUGAGAAAACUGAGGCAGACAGAAGUGACUUGCUCAGGAUCAGAUAACUUAGUCAGUAUCUAAGGUCAUAUUUGAAGUCAGUUCUAAGUGAUUCCAAGCUUAAUGUCUCCUCCCUAAAUGAUGAUUGGAUUGUCUUCCAUAUUCUCAAAUGUCAGGCAACUAAUAUAACUUUCAUGGCAAAUUGGCUCAAUUGUCACAAAAUAAUCGAGACCUUUCAAUAAGGAGUUACUCAGCAAUAUCAAGAAGAAAGUUAGGAAUUGGUUCUCAGGUGCAGGUGGGUAAAUACUAGAUAAAUAAUUAAAUAUUAUCUAGAUAAGUACCAGAUGAACUGGCUGUUUGUUGACUUUUUCUUUUCCAUAACUUCUCCUUACGAAGCUCAUGUGGACACCAAGAACAAAGUUGUCACAACUCCAGCUUUUAUGUGUGAAACAGCAUUGCACCAUAUUUUUGAUGGGAUUGGGUUGAUGGUCCGGAAUGUUUUGAAACUAACUAAAAAAUAAGAACUCAGAUUCUCUGUAGCAACAAAUGGCUUGAGUAGAACAAUAUCAGCUAUAAAGUACUUUGACCUGGUUACCUUUAUUUUUUUUUUUCUUGUGUGUUGAUAAAGGUCUGACCAGAUAGGGCAAAAAAGCUGCCUUUUUUCUUCUUCUGCCUCUCCAUGAUGAAAAUCUUUAUUUCCUACCCAAGGAGAGGACUUUUUAAGUUGCUAAUUUAGAGGUGAGACAUUUCAUCAUAGCAUUGGUUCGAUUCACUCGUUAAAGGAAGGAGGGAAUUCCCAGAAUUUAUAGUAGUAGUUGUAAUGUGUUUUUUUUUUUUUACAACAUACCUCUUAAUUUAAAACCUAGACCAGUUUUUUCUGGAUGCUAAUUGAAUAAACAUAAUAUUUUAUAAUCCUAUAUCAAUACUUUUUAUUAUUUGGAAAUGGAGGGAUAUAAUGUUUAACUUCUCAUUUUCCAAAUCUGAAUGUAAAUGGAACCAAUAAAAUAAAAGAAAUAAAUACUUUGUAUUUGUUUGUGAAUUUGUACUGAUGUAUAUGACAUGUAGCAAAAAAUACCUCUAACCAAAGAGAAUGUGUUUAAUUCUUCAGUGAAAUUACAUUUUUACAGUGUUGGGCCUUUUGAUACAGUAAUAAAUGUGGUACCAAGAA